AUGCCCCAGCCACCAACCAUUCCGGCGGCCCUCAUCCUCGUACCACUCCUUUUCUUCUUCUUCUUUACUGGUCCCGUAUUUGCAUGGCGCCCAUGGCCUAAUCAAACCCUCAACAAAACGGAAUCCAUCUUUGGUGGGUCAAAAAAAUAUGAGGGCUCAUCGGACCUUAUUCAGUUGAAGUACCACAUGGGGCCUAUACUUACCAACAAUAUCACUAUUUAUCCGAUUUGGUAUGGCUCGUGGAAAAACUCCCAGAAACGUAUUAUCCGAGAAUUCCUCAGCUCAAUCUCCGCGGUGGACUCUAAGCCGCCGUCGGUGGCCGGAUGGUGGAAAACCGUCCAGUUAUACACUGAUCAGACAGGCGCCAACAUUUCAAGGCAUGUCCACAUUGGUGCAGAGAAGAACGAUAGGCUUUACUCCCAUGGGAAAUCAUUAACCCGGCUUUCGGUCCAAUCGGUGAUAAAAUCUGCCGUGACCUCCACCACCCGCCCACUUCCGAUCAACCCCAAGAGCGGGGUGUACCUUUUGUUAACCUCAGAGGAAGUUUACGUACAAGAUUUCUGUAACAACGUUUGUGGGUUCCAUUACUUUACCUUCCCCUCCAUUGUUGGGUACACUCUACCGUACGCCUGGGUGGGUAACUCGGCAAAACUAUGCCCCGGCGUUUGCGCGUACCCCUUCGCUGCGCCGGCGUAUAUUCCUGGGCUGAAGGCGGUGAAAUCACCAAACAGCGACGUAGGAGUGGAUGGGAUGAUAAGCGUGAUUGCACAUGAAAUUGCAGAGGUAUCCACGAACCCGUUGGUGAACGCCUGGUAUGCGGGCGAGGACCCGGUUUUUCCAGUGGAGAUUGCGGAUCUUUGCGAGGGGAUAUAUGGAACCGGUGGUGGCGGAUCCUAUACCGGGCAGAUGUUCAACGGCGAGGAUGGCGCCACAUACAAUAUGAAUGGGAUCCGACGAAGGUUCUUGGUUCAAUGGGUUUGGAACCAUUUGGUGAAUUACUGCACCGGCCCGAAUGCACUCGAUCAGUAA